AUCGGAUAAUUGUUAUUUUCCUAGUUUACUAUUUCUAGUUAUUAUUGUGCAAGCUUAUAAAAUAAAAAUUAAUAAUGAACAGUCGACCGCAUAAAAGUCCACACUUGGGCUAAUUUUGCUUAUAUAACUCCGAUUAAGAGUUCACAUCUGUCCAUUUCAAUAGCAAGCAGAAAAAACGCAGAUAAAGGAUUAUUAUUAGACAGAUAUGGCUGAGGAAAAAAUUGGGAUUGCUAAGGAUGUCACUGAAUUGAUUGGUAAAACUCCAUUGGUAUACUUGAAAAAUGUUACUGAUGGUUGUGUGGCUCGUGUUGCGGCCAAGCUGGAAUCAAUGGAGCCAUGUUCUAGCGUCAAGGACAGGAUUGGUUAUAGUAUGAUUAAAGAUGCUGAAGCAAAAGGCCUUAUCACACCAGGAGAGACUGUUCUCAUUGAGCCCACAAGUGGUAACACCGGCAUAGGCUUGGCAUUCAUGGCAGCUGCUAAAGGCUACAAGCUUAUAAUCACCAUGCCAGCUUCCAUGAGCCUUGAACGCAAAAUCAUUCUCCGUGCUUUUGGUGCUGAUUUGGUUCUUACUGACCCAGCUAAGGGAAUGAAAGGUGCCGUUCAGAAGGCUGAGGAGAUUCGUGAUAAGACACCCAAUUCUUACAUCCUCCAGCAAUUUGAGAACCCUGCCAAUCCCAAGAUACACUAUGAAACUACGGGCCCUGAGGUCUGGAAAGGGACGGAUGGGAAAAUUGAUGCAUUUGUUUCUGGAAUUGGUACUGGAGGCACCAUAACUGGUGCUGGCAAGUUUCUUAAAGAACAAAACCCUGACAUUAAGCUAUAUGGUGUGGAACCAGUUGAAAGUCCGGUUCUUUCUGGAGGGAAGCCUGGUCCUCACAAGAUCCAAGGAAUAGGAGCUGGUUUCAUUCCAGGUGUUUUGGACGUUCAUCUCAUAGACGAGGUUCUUCAAGUCUCAAGUGAUGAGGCCAUAGAGACUGCAAAGCUUCUUGCAUUGAAAGAGGGAUUGCUUGUGGGAAUUUCAUCUGGUGCAGCAGCAGCAGCUGCCAUUAGGAUUGCAAAACGGCCUGAAAAUGCUGGGAAGCUCAUUGUUGGGCCUCCGGGCCAUCGGGGCGACGGCUUCUCUGGGCCGUGCGGCCGGCGUUCGAAGGCUCGUUGGUUGGGCGGCUUCCUCUUCCCGGGUGAGUCGGCGGGUCAGCUCAUUUUGGAUCUCGCCUCUUUAUCGGUCGCCACGAUGGAUUCUGACCGGCGGCUUCUCGGAGUAUGA